UCGGCAUCCAUCUGCCAUCUGCCAUCUGCCAUCUACACCCGAUCACAAGGCGCACAUCAUGGCGGACGAGGAGAAUCCGAUCGUCUUCUUCGACAUCACCAUCGGCGGACAGCCCGCUGGUCGGCUGAAGAUGGAGCUCUUCAACGACGUUGUACCAAAGACAUGCGAGAACUUCCGCCAGCUGUGUACUGGCGAGUACAAGAGAAACGGUGUCCCGCAGGGAUACAAAGGAUGCCAGUUCCAUCGAGUUAUCAAAGACUUUAUGAUCCAGGGCGGUGACUUUAUCAAGGGCGACGGAACCGGGGCGAUGAGCAUCUACGGCGAGCGAUUCGAAGACGAAAGCUUUCAGCUCAAGCACUCGGGCCCAGGACUGCUAUCGAUGGCCAACAGCGGCCCCAACAGCAAUGGCUGCCAGUUCUUCAUCACAUGCACAAAAUGCGACUUUUUGGACUCGAAGCACGUUGUCUUUGGUCGGCUGGUUGACGGCCUGCUGACGCUACGUAAGAUUGAGAACGUCCCGACGGGCCCAAACAACCGCCCAAAGCUCCCCGUCAUCAUCUCCGAGUGCGGCCAGAUGUAGAGCGGCCCUAUCGGAAAGAUCUCGAUCUCAGAGGCUUAUGCAGCAACUAGUCGGAUCGCUUGUCUCUAUUCCCUCGAGAUACUCUUGCCAAUACAAGCGGACUUGUGGGCGAUCGCUCUCGACAUGCGCGCGUCCGGGACAAGAUUAUGCAAGCUUGCGACCCCAAAGGAGACGUGGAUUCGAGAUGCCGAGUUUGAAAUAUAAAAACAAAGA